AUCUUUUAGUCUGUUAACUGAGCAGUGCCUUCACUUCACCAUCAUGAGUCUUCUGAAUUUGAAAAAAAGCAAAGGUAUCAUCGCAUGCCUGGUUAUUCUUCAACUGUCGAUGACUAGAGCACAUCCAGUACGUUCGUCUGGAACAAUUCAACGUGUUGCUCGUAACGAUCCCGAACGAGGCUACCAGCAGUUUGGAGAUCAAACGGAAGUGGAACCUACUGGGACAUCUUUUAGCGAAGAUGCAGUAAUGGAACAGGAAACGAGUCCCACUGAAUCAUCUUUCAUUCAGGAAGAGAUCAAUCCUUUCAUUUCCAGUGGGCCGGAAUCGUUUGAAAUCGUAACCCCUUCAUUUUUAGAUAAUCAAAAUGGCCCCGUUUUAGUGUCAGACGUUGAGCCUGUGGAGAAGUUGGAGGAUCCUUCUGCCAAUCCCGAAAUAGCAGUCGAUCCUUUCAUUCCGUUUGAAGGCCAGUGGCCACCAGCUGCACCUUCAGACUCGAAUGAUGUUCCAGCGAUUCCAACAGAUUUACCGAUCGCUAUCCAUUCUCUGUUUCUACCCAUUUCUGAAGAGGUAGAACCUAUCCAAAAGGUAGAAGAGCCUUCUUUCGAUCCCUUGGUUGUAUUCUCAAGCGAAGUUGAACCCAUUCAAAAGCUGGAAGAUCUACCAUUCGAUCCCACAGCAGUUCCAGUCUCGAACGAACCUGAAUUGAUUCACAACGACGAGACUCCUUCUAGCGAACCGUUGAACAUCAUUGCCCCAGUUGUGCAUGAAGAUGUUCCAAUCUCAAACGAAGUUCCUUUUAGCGAGCCGUUAGACGUGAUUGCACCAGUUUUGCACGAAGAUACACCCAAUCAGAGCGUGGUAGAUCCUUCUAUUGAUUCAUCCCUGAUUUCAGAAGAUCAUUCAGUAGAUGUUCCUUCAUCUGAUGCCCCCAUUUCAAACGAAGCUCACUCUAUUCAGAAUUUAGAAGAUCCCUCUGUAAAUCCAGUAGAAGUUGUUCCAGUUGAGGAUGAACCUGAGGUUGAUACCAAAAUCGUUGCAGAACCUGUUACGAACAUUGUAGCGAAUCAUCCCACUCAAGAAGAACCUCAAUCGCCACCUGCUGCAUCUUCAGAAAUUGAUGUGCCUCCUCAAGCAGUGUUUAUUUCAACUGUUUUCCCACCGUCACCCAUUACAGUUGCUCCCGUUAAGGCACAGGAUCCUGUCAGCCCGUAUUCUGUAACGUCUCCGAAAAAACCAGUAGCCAGUUAUUCAGUUAACCAUCCGCCGUCUGUGGAACCACAGGUACCUGUGAUGGCCAAUAUGAACGUUCCAGCAAAAACCCAAUUGAAAUCCUAUCCUGCUGGCCAGCAAUUGAAGCAACAAUCACCUAAACAAUCCCCGGUUUAUGGUAAAAUUAAGGCCCAAUCAAACCCGAUUUCAAGUGCUUACCCCAAUGCACAGGCUCAAAUCAAUCAGCCCAAAUAUCAGGUGACAUCUCCUACACCGGCGUCUGGACCUCCUCGUGCCACUCUUGCCACUUCGUAUGGAAACAACAGAUUCCCUACACGCCCAUUCGGCUCUUCACCUAAACCGAGACAACUGGGCUUUCCUCCGGUAUCCAACACUCGAGAUAAUGUGCUUCUUCAAGUCAACUGGGCAGCCAAUGUUGGCCGUCCUUAUCGCUCAACAUAAAUUUGGUUCUGAAAAUGAGAUUUUUACAACGAUAUUCUUACGUUUCUUUUCCAUGUUCUAAAAUUUAUAUUUGCUUUAUACUUACUACGUAUCCCAACAUUUUCUGAAAGAUGACCAUGACAACCCACCAUGUGUUGUACAGAUUGUACGUGUGUAGCGUUUCGAAUGUAGACAAUCGGAUGAAGGGAAACGUUCCGUCUAAAGUGACGACCGCUGAGCUCUCGUCGUACUUGUAUAGUUAUAAGAAAGAAAUAUACAUCAGCAAACAUUUA